AGUAGCUUUAAGAAAAAAAUAAAAAAUAAAAAAUAAAAAAAAACGUCAGGAGCACGCUUAAGGAAUGAAUGACGCGCUUUCAACGUUGGUGGAUUUUGUAUAACCCCUUGACCACCAUAUUCUUGUUCACCAAUCCACUCUACAUCUCUCGCUUUCUUCCCCUCUUCAUCUGUCUCUCAACUCUUUACAACCUGCAAUUUUGAGCUUCUCUGCUUUCUUCGCGAAUUUCAAUUAAUUCGACUACCAUUUACGCGAGUUUAGGACUUCAAGACUCUGCUUCUUGUAUAAAUGGCUUCAAUGGGAUCUUCUUUUUGGUGCUACAGAUGCAAUCGUUUCACAAUGCUUAGGAUUCAGGCAAUCCAUGAUUCGAUCUUUUGCCCCGACUGCGGCGGCGGUUUCGUCGAGGAUAUUGGAACCCCUUCUCGUUCCCCACCCCAUCUUUCGUUCCCCGCUUCUGCAAUGUACCCUUCUAAUUCGGAUCAUAUUACCACCUCAAGAUUAAGGCGCAGCAACCGUCGGGGUGGUGGUGAUCGCUCCUCUUUCAAUCCAGUCAUCGUUCUCCGCGGGCCUGCAUAUGGUGGUGGCGCAGAUGAUGGAGCUUCUGGGGACUUCGAGCUAUACUAUGACGAUGGUGUUGGGUCUGGACUACGUCCUUUACCGGCGAGCAUGUCGGAGUUUUUGAUGGGAUCGGGAUUUGACCGGCUCCUUGUUCAGUUGACUCAAUUGGAAAUCAACGGCAUUGGUCGAGCUGAGCGUGCACCAGCUUCAAAAUCGGCAAUCGAGUCAAUGCCUCUGAUCAAGAUACUCUCUAGCCACGUCUCUAUGGAAUCUUACUGUGCAGUUUGUAAAGAGCCAUUUGAAAUUCACACGGAGGCGCGCGAGAUGCCAUGUAAGCAUAUAUAUCAUUCCGAUUGCAUCCUUCCGUGGUUAUCUCUUCGCAAUUCUUGUCCAGUUUGUCGGCAUGAGCUACCGACAGAUGUUCAUGGAAAUGGCAGUUCACCGGAAUCAGGUGAGGAGGCCAUGGGAUUAACGAUAUGGAGACUGCCGGGUGGUGGUUUUGCGAUAGGGAGAUUCAGCGGGGGAAGGAGAGCGGAGGGAACGGAGCUUCCUGUUGUGUUUACGGAGGUGGAUGGUGGGUUCAACACUGCAGGUGCACCUAGGAUGAUUUCAUGGGCACCCAGUAGAAGGAGAUCAAGAGAAAGUAGAGGGUUGGGCCGUGCUUUUCGCAAUUUCUUUUCCUUUUUUGGAAGGAUAGGAAGGCGUGUUAGUGACGAAUCUGGUUUAAGACGAAGACAUAGAACAAAUUCAAUGUUGGAUAGGUCCUCAAGGAGAGAAAAUUCACCUUGGGUUAUGCAAGAUAAUCAAUGGUGAAUUGAAUUGUAUGUAGUUGCUUAUCUAACAUAUUUCCAAUUAUUGCAUUCUUCCAUUCCUGUAAGAAAGGGGAAUAUGUGUACAUUGUAAAUUCAGUUUACUGUAAAUUACAUCAAUCAAAGGAGAUAUGAGGGAUUAUCUGGUUUA